AAAAGUUGUAAGCCGCUAGCCAUUGUACAUACAAGCGCAGAAGCGGUGCUGGCAACUGUAGGUUUCGGAGUUUCUGACGGGAGCAGAAAUUAAAGGUUCAUUCAUACUGUUGUUAGUUUGAUAAGCGCGCCGGAAGCACGAUGUCCACAAAUUUUCGAUGUUUGCGCUGUUAGUGUGACUUGGGCAGUUGACCGCCCUCUGGGGCAAGCAGCACACUGGCGCAAGCUUUGGAAACUCUGCUUAGCGGCUGGGAAACAUCUUCUUCUCGCGCUUUUAGGGAGGAGCAACGGGCCUGGCGCCACGAUGACGUUGAGCAUCGCGCACUCGUGCGCCAGAAUGCCGACGCGAAGGCAUCGCAAAGGGAGCUCUUCCGCCAAUGGCGAGCCUAUUGCGUGGAGCAGCAGCUGCUUCACAAUUGUCGAACCCUAUGGACGCGUUAUGUUGAGAAGAACCGCAGAGAUGUGGAUGAAGCAGUCGAGAUGUUGAAAUGCGUCGCGCAGCUCGGGGCAUUGACCGCCGGAUUCGCGGUCAGUGCGUUCUAUGACUUUCAGUACACAGCGUCGUCCAAUGACCCAGUCCUACCUUUCUUUAGCUUGGCGACAGCGCUCACGGUGGGCUUUGAACUCAACAGCUGUGUGCUGUGUACCCUGAUGCUCAGCAGCGUGGUCAAGAUAGGGAAAAGCUACCUCAGCGAGGCGGAGGAGGCGGAGUACCUGUGGCGGCUGCGGGAGUGGGCGGCGGACCACAUGUGGGGGGCGGGCCGGGUGGCCCCAGGGAGGCGGGAACCGGGCUGUGGGGGCAACAGGGAUGGUGGUGUUGUGGUGGUAGGAGGGCAAGAGGAGACUGGGCAACCCAACCUGCCGACAAACCUCCCAGAGCCAAGUUAGCUCCCCCACCACCACACUCUGCCCCCUCACCAUCACCCACAUGCACCUCUCCUCACCCACACCCGC